GCUCUCUGUGUGUGUAUGUGUGCGUGCGUGUGUGUGUGUUACAGAGUCACCGCUCAUUACCGUGUUCCAAUUUCCUCACCCUCAACCCCUAACCCCGGCAGGUCCAGGAGUCCGCAGCUCGCCCCUGCAGCGCCUCCCAGGGGCAGCCCCUCGCCCCGCCCCACUGCCAGGCUGGAGGCGGCUCCUCGGGGCACCUCUCCCACCCGCGGGAGGCAUGCCGGCUCCCCGCAGAAGGCCAGGACCAGGAGCGCCAGCGGGAGCUCCGGGCGCGGAGCGGGCAGGAGUAAGCGGGAGAGCUCCACCGACUAUUCACCAGUCCAGAGACCCAGGCAGCAGGUAGCAACUUCAACUCCUCCGGCCAGGGAAGACGGCGGAGCGGAGUUGGCCCGCCGGACCUCAGAGGGAGCAGGGGUCCGGUCCCGUAGCCCCCUCCCUCCGGCCCGAGCGGCUACGGCGGCCCCCCACCACCCCAGGAGGGGCGACAGCGGAGGAGGAGGGGUGGCCUCCCCGUCCCGGCGGGCGGCCCAGAAGAAAGCUUCAGAGCCGCCCAAGCGUAGCCUGACCCCGAGGCGCGAGAGGUCGUCUUCGAGGAGGAGCGCCUCGCCCCCGAGGCCCAAGAGGUCGUCUCCCCGGCGGGGCAGGUCAUCGCCAAGACAGGCCAAGCGCUCCCCGAGGAGGAGCCCCACCCCCAGGCGCCACAGGUCGAGCCGGAAGAGCGAGUCGCCGAGGGGCGCGGUCUCGGCGAGGCAGGCCAAGGCGUCGUUGAGGAGGAGCCCGUCGCCAAGGCGCCGGAGGUCAUCGUCUCAGUGCCAGAGGUUGUCGCCGAGGAGGAGCGCGUCACCAAGGCGCCAGAGGUCGUCGCCGAGGAGAAGGAGUGUAACACCGAGGCGCCAGAGGUCAUCACCGAGGAGGAGACCUCCACCGCCUUGGCGACGGAGGAGUGUGUCGCCAAGGCGCCAGAGGUCAUCAUCGAGGAGGAGCGCGUCGCCAAGGCGCCAGAGGUCAUUGCCGAGGAGGAGCGUGUCGCCACGGCGCCAGAGGUCGUCACCGAGAAAAAGCACGUCGCCAAGGCACCAGAGGCCAUCGCCGAGGAGAAGCACGUCACCGAGGCGCCAGAAGUCGUCACCGAGGAGAAGCGCGUCACCACGGCGCCAGAGGUCAUCACCGAGGAGGAGCGUGUCGCCACGGCACCAGAGGUCGUCACCAAGAAAGAGUGCGUCGCCACGGCGCCAGAGAUCGUCACCAAGAAAGAGUGCGUCACCACGGCGCCAGAGGUCGUCACCUAGGAGGAGUGCAUCACCACGGCGCCAGAGGUCGUCACCUAGGAGGAGUGCAUCACCACGGCGCCAGAGGUCGUCACUUAGGAGGAGUGCCUCACCAAGGCGCCAGAGGUCGUCGCCGAGGAGGAGCGCAUCGCCAAGGCGCCAGAGGUCGUCGCCAAGGAGUGUGUCACCAGUGCACCAGAGGUCGUCGCCAAGGCGCCAGAGGUCAUUGCCGAGGAAGAGUGUGUCGCCAGUCGAACAAACCAUCGCCAAGGCGAUGUGUGUCACCAAGGCGCCAGAGGUCAUCGUCAAGGCCAAGCAAGGCAUCACCAAGGAGCAGCGUGUCACCACGGCGCCUAAGUGUGUCACCGAGGACAGAGGGGUCGUCACCAACACGGAGCAUGUCGCCAAGGCACCAGAGGUCGUCGCCGAGGAGGGAGGGGUCAUUGCCCAGGCAGACCAAAGCUUCGCCGAGGUGUCAGAGGUCACCGCCAGAUGGUCCCUGCUCUCCAGCGUCAGGAAGGUCGUCGCCCAGGGGACAUGUGUCGCCCCCCUGGCACAGCAAGAGCCCAGUGGCCGAGGAAGCGAAGGACACCUCUCUGCAGGCCGGGGACCGCCAGGAGCCCAUCCCCCAGCUCCGGGUCAGGGGGGCAAGGAGGGUCCUCCAGCUGCCCCGCAGCCCACCGAGGGACGGGCCUCACGCUCCGCGUCGCCCCGUCCCACAGGCACCAUCCGGCGCCCACGCCCCUCCAAGUCCCGCUCACCCUCGCCUGCAGGCACUGGGGCCCAGGAGACCGGGAACAGGCCGCAGCAGGCCAGGCCCUCGCCCACCAGCUCCAGCUCGUCAGACUCUGGGAGCAGCCGCUCAGUGACCACCCCUCGCAGGCAGCGGGAGGCUCGCACUGACCGCAGCCCUGCCGCAAAGCGCAGAGCGCGAAACCGUCACUCCUCCUCGGAGGCGGGCCGUCGGGUGUCUCGGUCCCCUUCCAGGAGGGGGGCCCCGGGCCGAGGACGUUCCCGCCGCAGCCGCAGUGGGUCGCGGCGACGCCGGGGGGCUCCAGGGAAUCGCCGCCACAGACACGGGGGUCACACAUCCAGCAGCUUGUCCGGCAGCUCCGCCUCCAGGUCCCGGUCUGUUCCCAGGAGGAAAGCGGAACACAAGCAACGUUCCCCUCCAACUUCCAGACGGAGGUCACGGAGCCCACGGAAGCCAAUCGAUUCCUUGCGGGAUUCCAGGUCGCUCAGUUACUCUCCGGCAGAGCGGAGACGGUCACGGCGGUCUCGUGAUUCCAGCAACAGACGGGAGAGGCGGCGGAGACGUUCGGAUAGUGGAUCGCCGGUCAGGAAGAGACGCCACGGCUCACCAAGUCCCCGGGAGCGACGGAGGUAUCCGAGAUCUCCUUAGAAACUCCUACCUCCCCGUAGCUUGGUUCCCAUGGCAGUGGACGCUAUCUGCCUCCAGAGGAGACCACCCUCCUGCAUCGUUUUAGGUUCCCUCAAGACUGUGAAGAGAAAAAAAACCUGUAUAAUUUUGUUUUCCUUUUUUUUCUCUGUUUUUAUCUCUCUCCUUUCCCUGUGGUUUUUUUUUAAUGUAAUAUGAGCGGCUGUGUUCGGGUUAGCGAGAAUUCAGUACGGGAGACGUUGUCGUUGGGGGGUUUGGGGGAUUUAGUGGGGGGCCGGGGGUGUGUGUUAACGGUAGAAACCGGGUGCCUCACAGUGGGGCAGCGUUCUGAGGUGCCGGAGCUGGCUUUUCGCUGUACAUCUUCGGGUGGCCAGGGUUGGCGGUUUUUCCUCUGAUGUCCUUUCACAGCCCCACAUACUCGCGCGCACACACACGCACACACACACGUACUCGAGAACAAUAAAAUUAAUCGUUGGCAAAUCUGUUCUUAAA